AGCGGAUACGGAUAUAACCCGAGUUCGUAGGUUUUAUUCUCGGUGUUCGAUUUCCUUCUGUUCAACAGAAGCUGCAGGUUAGUAGAAUUAGGGUUUUUUCCGAUUUCAACUCCAAUUUUCUGAUAACCGAUAACGAUGAAGAAAAGUAAAAGACCCGAGUCCUGUUCGAAUGUGAAGAUGAAGUCGGAUAGGAUUAGCAACUUACCAAGUGAUGUUAUAGAUAAAAUACUAUCACAUUUGCCACUCAGGGACGUAGCGAGGACAUGUGUUUUGUCAAGCAAGUGGAGGUACAAAUUGGUUAUGCUUCCGCAUCUUGUGUUUGAUCCUGAGUGCAGCUCGAGCAUUGUUGAUCAUGUUCUCUUAAGUCACAUUGGCCCCGUCACCAAAUUUAAGCUUAGCCAAGGAUGUAAAGGCCUCAGAGAUAUUGAUCGGUGGAUUCUUCACCUGUCGAGAUACUCCCUCAAAGAGUUCGUGGUUGAUCUCUGGAUGUGGGAACGACAGCCAGUGCAACGCUACAAGAUGCCUUCAUGCAUGUUUUCAUGUCAAGAUAUCAUUCAUUUAAAGUUGCGUAAUUUUAUGCUAAAACCCCCGUCUACAUUCAAAGGGUUCAGGAGUUUGAAGAGUCUUGACAUUGAGCAUGUGACCCUGGCCCAAGAUGUGUUGGAAAAGAUGUUUCUUUGUUGUCCUCUGCUUACGAGAUUCACUUUGAGAGACUGUGACGGUUUCAGCCGGCUCAAGAUUGAUGCACCGAAUCUCCAAUUCCUUGUCGUUUGUGGUUCGUAUGAGGAUUUUAACGUUGUGAAUACGUUAAAUCUUGCUGAUGUUUCUAUGUUUUUUUACAACACACGGGUCCCUUGCAGUUCCAGCAAAUUGAUCAAGUUUUUUGAUGACCUGCCUUGUAUUCAAAGGCUCCAAAUUAACCGGCGUUUUUUGAAAUACGUGGCUGCUGGUGCCUUGCUAGAAAAGCUGCCCAAACCGUGUCUGCAACUGAAAUUUCUUAAAAUGAACAUAUGCACAGAUGAUCGGGAGGAUGUUUUAACUGCUCUUUGCCUUCUGAGAAGCUCCCCUGCUCUAGAGGAAUUAGAAAUUCUCACAAAUGAUUUCUCACAUAAUACAGCUAAUGUAGGUACAGCGAACUCCUGCUUGGAUCACAACAGGAGUUACUCAUUCACCCAACUGCGACAUGUGAAAAUAUGCAACAUCUCUGGUCUUGAAGGUGAACUAGAUUUUAUCCAAUUUCUUCUUUUAUGUUCACCCGUGCUUGAGACGGUGACUAUUUGUUGGGGUGUGGUGCAUGAUACAGAUGAGUCUUUGGAGCUAGUAAAGAAGUUGCUUCGUUUGAGGCGAGCUUCAGGGAAUGUGGAGAUAAUCUAUUUAGACAAGUGAUUCAUCAAUGUAAUUUACUUUACUUCCAGAAAUGUGACUCUGGUCCGGCCCCUUGUGAUGCAUGUGUGAAUGUUUUUCUGAAGA